AUGACGUCAUCCAUGUUUCGAUCUCCUUGCAAGAUUCCGUCGGUGAAAGGUUUUGAGCAAAAGAGCUACGUAGGCCUUAAAGCAGCUUCGUAUAACGUCAGAGUCAACUCUUUUAAAAGCAGUGAAGUUGCUAGUCAACUCCAAAAGAUCGACUCGACCUUGAUAUGGCCGGUAAAUGCUCUCGAGGCGCCUCCAGUCCCGAGUAAACCAGCCACACCUCUGAUUGAUCAGCCUCUUCAGCUAAGCCGACGCGCACGUCGUAACCGAAAGUGCCCUACCCAGAGAGCUGCCUUCCAAGAGACUAAUAUCUCUCCUGCAAAUUUCAUAUACCCUCUCUUCAUUCACGAAGGUGAGGUAGACAUUCCCAUAACAUCGAUGCCUGGACGUUACAUGCUUGGCUGGAGACACGGCCUCAUUGAAGAAGUUGCAAGGGCACUAGAUGUUGGUGUGAAUAGCGUAAAGUUGUAUCCUAAAGUUCCGGAAGCGUUAAAGUCUCCAACAGGGGAAGAGGCAUUUAACGACAACGGUCUAAUACCUAGGACAGUUCGUCUUCUCAAGGACAGAUUCCCUGAUCUUGUUAUCUACACUGAUGUCAACUUUGAUGAGUACUCAACAACUGGGCAUGGUGGGAUCGUAGGAGAAGAUGGCGUGAUAUUAAAUGAUGAAACAAUUCACCAAUUGCGGAAACAAGCAGUUUCUCAGGCCCGAGCUGGAGCAGAUGUUGUUUGUACGAGUGAGAUGUUGGAUGGUCGCGUAGGCGCGGUUCGUGCAGCUCUAGAUGCUGAGGGAUUUCAAGAUGUGUCCAUUAUGUCUUACUCUGUCAAGUAUACAAGUUCAUUAUAUGGCCGUUUUCGCAAAGUACAAUUGGACAAGAAAACUUAUCAGAUAAACCCAGCAAAUUCAAGAGAGGCAUUGCUAGAAGCACGAGAAGACGAAGCGGAAGGAGCUGAUAUCUUAAUGGUGAAGCCAGCACUCCCAUCUCUCGAUAUCAUACGCUUAUUGAAGAACCAAACUUUGUUGCCUAUUGGAGCUUGCCAAGUUUCUGGUGAAUACUCUAUGAUCAAAGCUGCUGGACUUCUCAAGAUGAUCGAUGAAGAAAAAGUUAUGAUGGAGUCAUUGUUAUGCAUCCGCCGAGCUGGUGCAGAUCUCAUUCUUACAUACUUUGCUCUUCAAGCUGCUACAAAAUUAUGCGGCGAAAAUAAACGAUUUAGUUCCAACUAGUCGUCCAUUGUUCGUUUGUAUUUGCGUUCGUUUAUAUUUUUUGGUAUGCAUUCAUUUAUAACAAUUAAAUCUACCUCAUAUUAAUGUAAAGUUUG